ACCGGAAACCACGUGGUUGUACGGAAAGCGAUUUGAGGAGCAGCACACGAGCGUUGAAUGUCCCAAGUUUUAAUUUAAGGGCAUUUAAAAAAACAACCUUGUAUAAUACGUUUUUUUCUGACAUUUUUUAGAUAUGUCGUCGUUCAGAAAAGCCUUAAAAUCCCGACAGAGAAACCACCAUGAACGAUCUCAGCCUGCGUUUAGGAAGCAUUUGGGACUCCUACAGAAGAAGAAAGACUACAAACUCCGUGCAGAUGACUACCACAAGAAGCAAAACACCCUCAAAGCCCUUAAGAAGAAGGCUCUGGAGAAGAAUCCAGACGAGUUCUACCAUAACAUGGUCAACUCGCAGAUAAAGGAUGGCAUUCACACGUCUAAAGAGGGGGACCCGAUGACAGAGGAGCAGAAGAAAGUGAUGAGGACUCAAGAUAUCAAAUACGUAGAGCUGAAGAGGGUGGCGGAGUCAAGGAAAAUAGAGCGCAUGAAGGCGAGUCUCCAUCUUCUACAGGUGGAUGGCAGACAAAAAAACAACCACACCUUUUUUGUGGAUUCCAAAAAGGAAGUGCAGUCGUUUGACUUGGCCGAGCACCUCAACACUGUCCCCGAGCUGGUGGAUCGAGCGUACAACAGGCCGACAGUGGACACGCUGAGGACCAAGCGCUUUCCCAGAGACAUACAGCCCAUCGACCUCAUGAAACUGUCCAAGAAACAGUACUUCGAGUACAGGCUUCUUUCCCAAAGGAUCGACCGCGAAAGCAAAUUGUUUGUCAUCAGCCAGAAAAUCCAGGCACGCAAGGACCUACAGGAUAAAACCAAGAAAGUGAAAGUAAAGGACGAGACACCUGGUUCUGCUCCCAUCUACAAGUUUGAGACCAAGAGGAAACGCUGAGUCCGCCACAGUGCUCAAAUUUAUUGCUACUACUCGUUGUUGUACAUACAAACACUUCUUUUCUCUGCUAGGUAUUAAACAAUAAAAUAUAUUUGACUUCA